UAUCAGUAAGACUUCCGUCCGUGGUACAGCAACAAGCAACAAAAUGGGCUGCGCUAUUUCCAUCGUAAAGUACAUCCUUUUCCUGUUCAAUUUCAUUUUUGUGCUUGCAGGUAUCGCCCUACUGACAAUUGGGAUUCUGAUAAAGUUGCAAAUUGGUGAAAUUGGAGAAGUUCUUGACUCAAAGACAAAUACUCCUGCUAUACUACUCAUAGUUAUUGGCAGUAUUAUUCUUGUGAUAUCAUUCUAUGGAUGCUGCGGAGCAAUCAGAGAGAGUCAUUGUAUGGUCACAACGUAUGCUGUGUUCCUCCUGACAGUACUGGUUCUGCAAAUUGCAAUUGCUGUUCUUGCUUUUGUAUACGGUGGUGAUACGGAUGCUGUUCUAAAACAAACUCUUUAUGAUUUUGUUCAUGACUACAAUAUAAACGAAAGUAGUAGAAAAGCAAUGGAUGCGCUUCAGGAUAGUCUAGAAUGCUGUGGAGCAGAUGGACCAAGAGAUUAUUUGAAGAUAGGCUUAGUAAACUUGCCAUCAUCUUGUUGCAAACAAGGUGACAUUUGUAGAAUUGGAAUUCUUAAUUCAGCACCUUACUACACUACUGGCUGUCUUGAAGCUAUGGAGAGCUUCUUGAGCUAUGCAGGACACAUAAUGGGUGGUAUAGCAAUUGGAGCAGCUGUUGUUGAGGUUGUUGGAAUAGUAUUUGCUCUUUGCUUGGCCAGCUCAAUAAAAAAUGAGGCACGAAGAAGAGAUGUUUAACUUCUUGUUCAAAAGAAAUAUGUGAAACUGUUGUGAUCGGAUUUCCACAAGAAUCACUACAGUGAAUGACAGUCAGUAAUACUGAUUACUAGAUUUAAAGAAUAUGUACUGUGAACAAACACUGUAAGAACAAUUUUAUCAUUUCUACUUAGUAUAGUAAGAACCUUUAGAUAAUUUUGCAUUAUUCUGUAACAAGUGAUAUUAUUCUAGGAGCAUGUAUGACUAGCAUUGGCAGGUAUCAUUAGUUUAAUUCCAUUAUAUAAGCUAUCAUAAAAUUCAAGAGACAUCUAUUGGUUGCAGUUUGACAUUUGAAAAAGUAAUGCACUUGGAACAAAACAACAGCCUUUUUCAUUUUUGGCAACACAAUGAAGAUAGAUCUUUUAACUCAGUUUUUGUAUAAUAGUAUCCAAACAACUUACUUUGUUUGUUAUAGAUCCUGCAAAAAUUCGUUAUUAGUUUGUCACAAAUAUGAAACAGAUCGUGGCUGCAUCGUUAUUUGUUAAGAGUCUAUAUACAGAUUCUACUUAUUUAUUGUCAAACGAAGAUUUGUUUUAAUGAAACCAUUCCUAAAUAAAAUACCAUUUUUCUUUUUUC